UCCUGGAGUAGUUGAUGGGCUAUGGUUAAGUGGCUUGCACACUGGUCUGGAGGUGUUAUUUUACCAGAUUUUCUUCCGCUGUCUGACUCGGCCCUGAAUGGUUUUUGUUUGUACUAAAAUCAACGUAUUUUCUUAUUGAUUUUAUACCAAUUUACAUAUUGAUUGCUUGACAAACAAGUAUCAGCAGUCCAAAGUCAGCCUACUAAUUUGCCUAUUCCUUUUUGUACGUUAUGUUAUGCCGUAGUGGCUGGGCGCUCAAACUCUUGUCAAAGUUUUUUUGAAUUUUUUUUAGGAUAAUUAAUUGGACAGUUUCACAAGGACAUCAGUAACAACACUGACAGCUGUCGUUGUCUCUGCAGCCCUUACCAUGGAGGAGGUGACGCGCCUGGUAUCGUCAGGCGACUGUGUGAAGAUCUGGGACUCAGCCUCCAUGACAGUGUUGGAACAGUUCAACCCACACAGCGCUACACACCCUGUGGCCCAAGUGUGCUGGAGCAGCAACAAUCAGUAUCUUGUAAGCGCCAGCAGUAUAGGAGACAAGCUGGUGGUAUCCAGUCUCAAGACCUCUCCUAUCCCAGUGGUGGAGCUUGCAGAGGGGAAAAAGCAGACCCGCGUGAGUCUGAACUCGACGUCCCAGUACUUAGUGAGCGGGGGGCUUGAUAACUCAGUCAACAUCUGGGAUCUGAAGGCCAAGAGGCUUCAUCGCACCCUUAAGGACCACAAAGAAGAGGUGACGUGCGUGUCCUUUAACGGCAGUGACAGCUACAUCGCAUCGGGCUCCACCAGUGGUGACAUCAUCCUGCACAGCAUCACCACCAACCUGUCCAGUAAGGCCUUUGGACACGGCACCAACCAGCCCAUCCACGACCUGAAGUACUCUGUGGUGAAGCGCUCCCUGCUGGGCAGUGUGUCAGAUAGUGGCUCAGUGGUCCUGUGGGACGCCAAUACUCAGAAGGAGCUGCAUGUGUUUGAUGGAGCCCACAAGGCCCCCGCCUCGGGCCUGGCCUUCUCCCCAGCCAACGACCUGCUCUUUGUCACUGUGGGCCUGGACAAGAAGAUCAUCUGCUACGACACCUCCAGCAAGAUUGUUCUCCGCAGCAUGCGUGUGGAGUCCCCAUUGACGGCCAUUGACUUCACUCCAGAUGGGGCAGGCCUGGUAGUGGGCUCCACCCAGGGCAGACUGUAUCUGUAUGACCUGCGCAACCUCAGCGCCCCCACCAAGACUGCCACCGCACACAAGACCUCCAUCACCAGCCUGCGCUUCCAGAGCUCCCAGAGCAGACACCUCAAGUCCAGUAAAAUGGCGUCCAGCAAGUCUUCCAGCGCUCACACAAGCAAGAGGAUCUCAGCCAGGCUGGGUAAUACCUACCUACCAGCAGUUACCCCCAGCUCCACCUCUACACCCCCCUCUAGCCUGCCUGCACCCCACACGGGAGAUGGAGGGGAUGGACAGGCCCAGGGCACAGGCUCCAGUGUGGAAGUGGUCUCCAGAGAGGCGGAGGGCCAGCCGGGUGCUGACCGCCUGCCCAGUCUGGACAAGUUCAGUAGCGUGGGUAGAAACAGCCUGGACAUCUUCUCCCCCGUAAGAGACGAUUACAAAGCCCAUGGGAUGGGUGGUGAUGCUCCUGGUGGAAUGAAAGGGAAUGGGCCCAGUUUGGAUAUGUUCUCCAGAGAAGGAGAAGGGCAGAACAGCACGGAGAAGUUCAGCAAAGUGGGACGCAACAGUCUGGACAUUUUUUCUCCUGUCAGAGAAGAUUACAAAACCCAUGGAAUGACAGCAGAUGUAACAAGUGGGACGAAAGGAAACGAUCUGGACUUCCUCCCUUCCUACUCUGGUGGACCCCCACACCGCAAGACUCCCCUGGGCACCCCUGGAGGAGGGCGAUGUUACAGCCCCCUGUCUGUCUUCCAGACCCCUCAACCAAUCAAAGAGGAGGAGGCCGAGCCAUCAGUGCAGACAGACACACGGGACUCGAGAAGGUAUGAGAAGGGUGGUGGUUCCAGUCUGGAGGGUGAAGGCCCCACCCCACCCACUUCAUCAGCCCAGACCUCGCACAGCCAACCAGCACCGCUGUUCUUCACCCCUGAACCAGGCCUGAGGAGGGCCAAUGACAUGCAGGCCCAACUGCGCUACAACACACCCCUAAAUGGUGGUCCGUCCACUACUGCACCAGCAGGCCCUGCAGUGUCUUCUGCGGUAGCAUCCUCUCUAUCAGAGAGAAUAGUGGAGACUGUUGGAGCAGAGGGUGGAGGCGCUCCCCUCACAUCCCUGCAGAUCCAUUUCAUCCGCAACAUGAUCCAUGAGACCCUGGAAGACUUCAGGGACGCCUGCCACCGAGACGUAGUGAACCUCCAGGUGGAGAUGGUCAAACAGUUCUACAUUCAGCUGAACGAGAUCCAUGGUCUGAUCGAGAAGUACUCGGUCAACGACUCGCUGGUGGAGGAGAUCGAGAAGCUGAGGGAGGAGAACAAACGACUCCGAGCCAAUUACUGAGAGAUUGACUUGAUGGAUUUACCACCUCAUCACCCCUAGAAACAGUUGUCCCCUCUCAACUCAGAAAGUAUUCCACAGAGCUUUAGGUCUCUGUGGGACAAUCGUGCCACAGACAAAGCCUUUUUUUGUGUCCUGGUUUAACCCCUUCCAUCUCUUCCCAUGGCAUGCAGGGACCAUUUUCUAUUCUCACCAGUUCACAUUUUUUGUACAUCUCAAACUUGGCAAGGGUCUUGGAAUGAAUUAACUCUUAAGUGCCUUACUGGUAGUUAACCAAGGGUUGACCAGUAUGUUCUAUGCAAAGUGUGCUAUCAGUCACAGGGUUGCAUUGGUCAUACAAAUCAUCUGUGACUGUGGUUAUCAUUGCUGGACUGGCCCCGGUGAGGGCAUGGCACAAUUUUAGCCAAAUUCCAAACCAUUCUCUCCUUGCAUUAGGUCCUUGUUUAAAGAGAGGUCAACAAGGACCCAGGGAUAGGAAGAUGCAUUACCUUGCGCUUAAAUACACCACUAAUAUUGAGUUGCAAUAUUUAACAAGUGACAUCAAUAAGGGAUUAUAGCUUUCACCUGGACAGUCUGUCAUGGAAAGAGCAGGUGUUCUUAAUGUUUUGUAUGCCCGGUAUACAUCUCUCUUCAGCAUAGUAUGGUUGAAGUUGAUAGUAUCUUUGGCUUUUACUAGCACACUGAAACAAAAUAUUAGGGCAUACCUUUGAUGAAAGACAAUCAUGAUACUGUCUUUGUGGACUAGGCAAGAAAAUGCCAUAUUGGUCAUCAUUUUCUAACAGUAAGCAAAGUGGUGCCAAGCGCCCUCUAUGAAGUGUGCUUGCGCUGCAAAGUUUGCCCAUCAGUUAUUUGUUUCUUUUGUUGUUUUGUGAAGAGGAAUAUAAAUACUAGUUGUGUACAAUC